AGACCCAGAGGCAACACAGGCUACAAGUGCUGUGGCUGGGAAUAACGGACUUUCUCCGGGUGCCACGCGGACGCGAGUGUUCCCGGCUUCAGUUUUACUGAGUGGUCAAAGCAGAAGGAAACUUGCCUUCUCAUUUGAGGGAUUCUGUCACAGGAAUGUGUGAGCCCCUGGAUAAAUUUGGCUUGGUGACGCAGUGUGCUUUCCCCAGAGAUUCUGCCACAUCCUCCUUGCUCCUUUUCUGCCCUGACCGGAGUUUCUCACUUGCUAACCCCUGUGACAAGUCAGAAGAUUUGCCCCUUCCAUGAUCUUCUGCCCUCAGGUCCCCUUUCCCAGUUUUGCCACUCUGAUGAGAAACUGAGGCUAAGGUGUCCUCAACCAGCCAUGACUGUAAAGGGAAUGAGGACCAGGGGAGCAGGCCUCCCUACAGUAUGGGAAUAGAUUCUGCCAGGUUCUUCUUAUCUUCUUAUUCUGUUGCUGCUAGCAGAAUUUCUGGAAAUUGCUGGGAGAAAUAUAACUAGGUCUCAUGGAGCUCCAUUCACUGACUAAGAGGAACAGCCCAGUGGACUCAUGCAAUACCAUGGAGUGGAGUUCAGGAGAGACUUCCAAUGGCCAUGCAGAAGAGGCAACCAUCAAAGCUGCUCUUUGCUAUCAGAACAACCUGACAUCCACACCAAGGGCAGCUGUGGUGGAAGUGUGUAGACUUAGCUCUUCUCCAGCAUCCCCAACCUCCUUGCUCCAAGACAAUGUCAUUCCAACCAGCUUCUUCCCAUCGGGACCUCUUGACUCAGAGAACAACCAAGUAAUGACUGACCGUAAAGUCUGUAAUUGCUGUAGCCAGGAACUAGAAACUUCUUUUACUUACGUGGAUGAGAAUGUCAACUUGGAACAGAGAAGUCAGAGGUCACCAUCAGCCAAAGGCAGUAAUCACCCUGGAGAUCUUGGAUGGAGAAACCCUAAUGAAUGGUCUCAUGAGGUUGCCAUGUCCUUGAUGUCUGAAGAUGAUGAUGACACAAGUUCAGCAGCCACUUCGUCAGGGAAGUCUAUAGACUAUGGUUUUAUCAGUGCUAUCUUGUUCUUAGUCACCGGUAUCUUGCUAGUGAUCAUUUCUUAUAUUGUCCCUCGGGAGGUGACAGUGGAUCCCAACACAGUGGCAGCCCGGGAGAUGGAACGCCUGGAAAAGGAGAGUGCAGUGUUAGGUGCACACCUGGACCGUUGUGUGAUCGCUGGGCUCUGCCUCCUCACCCUCGGGGGAGUCGUUCUCUCUUGCUUGCUGAUGAUGUCUAUGUGGAAAGGGGAGCUCUAUCGUCAAAAUAGAUUUGCCUCUUCCAAAGAGUCUGCAAAACUCUAUGGUUCUUUCAACUUCAGGAUGAAAACUAGUACUAAUGAAGACACUUUGGAACUGUCCCUGGUAGAGGAAGAUGCCCUUGCUGUACAGAGUUAGUUGUAAAGUCCUUAAGAGACAUCCAUACAUUAUAUAUAUAUAUAUAUAUGUGUGUGUGUGUGUGUCAAGUGUGUCCUUUAUUUGUUUGGCAAAAGUGUUUCUCCCUACACACAAACUAAAAGCCAGUGAGUGUUUUGUUUUCAUGAAUCUUGUGUAAGAAAGACUAUGUUAAGUUGUAAAAGAAGCCAUGGCCAGCUAAUCCCUACUUGCUGCAAACUGAAAAUUAAUUCACCUAAAAUCCCCAUAAGUUUCUACUUCUAAACAAAAUACUUCCACUGACCUAAUAUAUAAGUGUUGUCUUAUACAUAAAUAUGAAUAUUAUUACUAGGGACUAGAAGGGCUCCUGCAUAAUGCGAUCACUUGGCAAUCUAUUUUGUGAAACAGAAGGACUGAUUAAAUAGUAAGGCUUACAUUUAAUUUCCAAAGGUGCUUUUCCAUUUUCUUGCUAAAUUUUUUCCUGUAAUUUGGCUAAGCCCUAAAAUGUAGAUAUUGGCAGUGUGAAUAUUUUGAAAUCUUAAGGAUGCUGGUUAUUUUUUUUUUAAAGCUAUUAAGAUGUAUUUUAAAUUAUUACUAUAUUUAGAAGUGACAACUAUGUCAUUAAUAUGUACCAUCUAAUAAAGAUAAUGUUACAAAUCUUCUUCAGACCCAUGUGAGGUUAACAAACUGUUAUCACAAGAUAUUUUCUUAUGCCUUCUUUCCCAAUGAAGUAGAAGCAUUUGCUGAUACAUAGUUUGUUUCAUGCUUAUGGAUUUGCAGUCAGUUUGAUGACCUGUGCCCUUAAAAUCUUUACCAUUUCUAAUAUAUGUGUGGCAAAGCAUUAGACUUUUAAAAUAUGUCUCCUGGCAGCCACCCAUCCAGCUGGGUCUGAACCAUGAGUGGGCCUGACAUUCUCCCAGGUGCCAUUUUUUGGUGAUGGUUUGGAGAAAAUGUCCAGAAUACUUGCAGCUAGACUCUUGAGAACCGUGUCUAGCUAGCACAAGCCGUUACUUAAAGAGUCCUUAAGCCGAUAGCCAAAUCUUACACUUGAGAGAGAAUAAACAAACCGACUAAAUUAGUGGGAGUUGUGUUCAUCACACAUCCUGACUCAUCUUGCAGUCUCUAAAUAUCAUUCUGAGAACCUUCUACUUCAGAUCCUUAAGGACCAUGCUCUUGCCUCAUAACAUGAAAAUGUCUAGUUUAUGGGAAGUAUUGUGGGCAAGGUGGUCAGGAAAGCAAUGGGAAAUGCAGCCUAAGAAAGGCCUCGAAUUCUGCUGAUGUUCCAUGAAAUGACCCCACCCUCCCACUUAGGGUUUUUUUUUUUUUAUUAUUAUUAGUAUGUUAUGUAGACAAUUGAGUUCAUUCUUAAAGAGGACUGGAGCCAGGAAUGGGUGUAAAUGAAGAGAUAAGCUAAUGAGAAAGGUAUUUCAUUGGAGAUUCUUAAGAACACCCAAGUCUAAUGCAGAUAUCUGUGUUGUCAUUGAGGGGGAGAGGUGAACUGGAUAUGGAGUUUGCAUAUCUAUAUGAAUGAGUACUUGUGGAUAUCAGAGCCAUUUGAGUUAGCUUUAAUAAGAGGUAAAGAAAAAUGCAGUAAGGAAGAGAGAGAUAGGGAUGACAAUGUGUUCCAGAAUCCUUAGGUAAAAAUAAGAGAAGUGUGAGAAAAAAAUCACCUUUGCUUCGCCCUGUGGAAUAAAGUAUGUGAUCAUAAAGUGCUGGUUUACUGAGCCACAAAGGACUAGACAGAACUUGCGUUUUGUGCUUCUUUUUUCUGUGAUUCUUCUGUCAUCUGUGCUAGAGGCACAAUCUCAGAAGGUUAAGCUUAACCUUCUAGAGGAGGAUUCAGUUUCGAGCGCUAAUCUGCUUGAGGAACUGCUUUGGAGAUAUUGAAGUAAGACAGGAGAAAUCAGUGUGUAGAUAUGAGCUGGGUUCAAACUGCAACAACAAAACAUGUAAAAUAGAAUGGAAACCCAUUUAAAUCCAGGCCUGUUGGGUCAUGCCUGGAUCUCAACACUUGGGAGACUAAAUCGAGAUCCAUGGAAAUGCCAAGGCCAGCGUGGACUACACAGCGAGUUCCAGAACAGAAUACAGAGUGGGGCUUUGUUUCAAAACAUCACAAUAUAAUAAAACAUUCAUGAUUAUUUAUAC